GCGGUCCGCCCCGGUCCCUCUACGCCCUGCCCUAGCUACCCCGACCACUCCGGCAUAGGCCGCGCCGGCGGCGGCGGUGACGCCGUAUCAGCCCGGUACCGCGAGCAAUGGGGAGGAGAUGUUCUCCCAGGAGAGGAGAUGACAGCAGGGGACGAAGCACUUCUAGGAGAAGUUCUGGUGAGCAAGGAGGAAAGAAGGAACAAGGUUCUAUAAGCCUGUUGGUGCGUAACAUCUCCUAUGACUGCAGCUAUGAUCUUCUAGCUGCUUUCCAAAAAUUUGGUCGUAUCCGGGAUUUUUACAUUCCAAAAGACUAUUACAGCGGGGAGCCAAGAGGGUUUGCUUUUAUCGAGUUUUGGGACUCCCGUGACGCUUCUGAGGCACAACGUCGCAUGAACCAUAAGAUGGUUUGUGGACGUGAGAUUAUCGUUGUUCGUGCUGAGGGGAAACGGAAACAUCCAGACGGCACGCCUAGAGAAACUGGAUUCAGAGGUCAUUCUGAUUAUAAAGGUCGCCAUGUUUCUCGCCAUGGACGGUCCCGCUCUCGUUCACACUCCCGCUCUCCUCACCACGGUGGUCGUCAUAGAUCACGGUCACAUUCUCCUGCCCGAAGAAGGCAUGGCAACUACUCUGCUUCACCAAAGAGAAAGGAAGAGUGCCAGACAAAAUCAUCAGGACAGUCAAAAGAACAUGACAAGGGUAAGAAGCAGGGACUCUGUACUCCCCGUGACAGAAGUGACCGCCAUGAUGCUGAUAAUGGUUCCAGCGGGAGGCGGGCAACACCUGACUACUCUGCCUCACCAAAGAGGACGGAAGAGUACCAGAUAAAAUCACCGAGGCAGGCAACAAAACAUGAUGAGGAUAAGAGGCAGAGAUCUUAUACUCCCACUGACAGAAAUGACCGCCGGGAAGCCAGCGAUGAUCACGAUGAGCGAGAUGACUACUCUACUUCACCAAAAAGAAAGGAAGAGUGCCUGGCGAAAUCACCAAGACUGUCAAACGAACAUGAUAAGGAUAAGAAGCGGAGAUCCUGUAGUCGUGAUGAUGGGAACAACAGUUGUGAUGAUGGGAACAACUGUUGUGAUGCUGAUAUUGGUUUAAAAGUGAACAAUGUGCAUGUUGAUAGGAGGCAGGUUACAACUGGUGGUGAGGGAUCCUGUCCCCACCAGAGGUCACCCAGACCUUCAUCAAGAUCACACUCAAGAAGGCGAGAUGACUACUCUGCUUCCCCAAAAGGAAAAGAAAAACAUCAAGAGCAAUCACCAAGGCACUCAAAGGAAAAUGAUAAGUGUAAAAAGCGGAGGUCCAGUACUUCUGAUAUUGAUAAUAGAAAUGACCGCCGUGAUGCUGAUCAUAGACACAAUGAGAGGCGGGCAACAACUGGUGGUGUGGGGUCCUGUCCCCGCCAGAGGUCACCCAGACCAUCAUCAGGAUCACACUCAAGAAGACGAGAUGACUACUCUAAUUCCCCAAAGGGAAAAGAAGAACAUCAGGAACAAUCACCAAGACACUCAAAAGAAUAUGGUAAGUGUAAAAAGCGGAGGUCCGAUUCUCCUGAUGAUAGAAACAACCGCCGUGAUGCUGAUCAUAGCCACAAUGACAUGCAAGAUGACCACCCUACAUCACCAAAGAUUAAGGAAGAGCACCAGUCAAAAUCAUCAGGACAAUCAAAAGAAUAUGAUAAGGAUACAAAGCGGAGAUCCUAUGCCCCUCAUGAUAGUAAUGACCGCCUUGAUGCUGAUAAUGGUUCCAAAGAUACCAAUGUGCAUGUUGACAGGAAGCUGGCAACAGUGGAUGCUGACAGAUCCCAUGCUGGCCGGAGGUCACCUGGACCAUAUUCUACAUUGUCCUCAAGAAGGCAAGAUGACUAUUCUGCUUCUGCAAAGAGAAAGGAAGAGCUCUGCGCAAAAUCACCAAAACAAUCAAAUGAACAUGAGGAUGAAAAGAGGAGCUCAUAUACUCCUGAUGAAAGAAAUGACCGACGUGAUGCUGAUAAUUGUAACAAGAAAAAGCAAGCUGACUACUCUGCUUCCCCAAAGAGAAAGGAAGAGUGCCAGGUGAAAUCACCACGACAAACAAAAGAUCCUGAGGUUACGAGGAGAUCCUAUACUCCUGAUGAUAGAAUUGUCCGUCAUGAAGCUGACAAUGGUUACAAUGAGAAGCAUCCAUCACCUGACAAUGGUCCACCAAAGAGAACAGAAGAGCCUUGCCAAGAAAAACCACAUAGCCAGUCAAACGAAUAUGAUACCGAUAAGAAGCAGAGAUCCUAUACUCACGACUAUAGAAAGGACCGCUGUAAUGCUGAUAAUGACUCCAAAGAAAGGCGAAAUGACUACUCUGCCUCUGGAAAUAAAGAGGAGCACGGGGCAAAUUUCCCAAGACAGUCGAAGGAACAUGAUGAGCAUAAGAAGAGGGGAUCAUUUACUCCUGAUGAUAGAGAUGACCACCAUGAUACUGAUAAUGGUUCAAAAGAAAGGCGUGAUGACAACUCAGCUUCCCGAAAGAGAAUGGAGGACCACCGUGCAAAAUCACCAAGACAAUCAAAAGAACAUGAGAACGAUAAGAGGGGAUCCUAUACUCAUGACGGUAGAAAGGACCACUGUGAUGCUGAUAACGGUUCCAGAGAAAGGCGAGAUGACUACUCAGCUUCCAGAAAUAGAAAGGAGGAGCACCGGGCAAAAUCACCAAGACAGUUGAAGGAACAUGAUGAUAAUAAGAAGAGGGGAUCAUUUACUCCUGAUGAUAGAAGUGACCACCAUGAUACUGAUAAUGGUUCAAAAAAGCGAGAUGAGAACUCAGCAUCCCGAAAGAGAAUGGAAGACCACCGUGCAAAAUCACCAAGACAAUCAAAAGGACAUGAGAAUGAUAAGAAUAGGGAUAUCCAUGACGAUAGAAAGGACCGCUGUGAUGCUGAUAAUGGUUCCAGAGAUGUCCCAAGGAGGCGAGAUGACAACUCAGCUUCCCGAAAGAGAAUAGAGGACCGCCGUGCAAAAUCACCCAGACAGUCAAAAGAAUAUGAGAACGAUAAGAGGGGAUCAUAUACUCGUGAUGAUAGUAAGGAUCACAGUGAUGCUGCUAAUGGUUCCAGAGGAAGGCGAGAUGACUAUGUAUCUUCCAGAAAGAGAAAGGAAGAGUGCCGGGGAAAGUCACCGAGACGGUCAAAAGAACAUGACGAGAAUAAGAAGAGGGGAUCAUAUGCGCCUGAUGAUAGAAAGGACCGCCAUGAUCUUGAUAGAGAUCGCAGUGAGAAGCUGUCAACACAUGACAGUAAGGGUUCCCGCUCGAGUCCCCGCAGGAGGUCACCGCGCCCAUCUUCUGGAUCACGCUCGGACAGGACUCGUUCUCGCCAUAGCGACUGAUGGAACCAUGGAAGUGUAGGUAUCUGCGCAUUCAGUCCCUGUGUGUGCAACGCUGAGUGUUGCUGUACCUACCCUCUUUGCAGAGCAGAGAAUCAUGGAUGAGCUAGGCAGUGAGAAGAACCGAACCUCUUUCGCUGCAAUGGUGCUAUCAUGUGGUUGGCUGCGGCACCAAGCCAGAAUUGCACAUAUUAGUUGUACCCCACUACAUUCUCAUGCAUGUGGGAUCCGUAAUGCUGUAGAAGUCUGUUGUGGCCACCAUGCCACCAAAAUGUUUGAGAGGAACCUGAACCAGAGUUUAAUUGGAUGGGGGCAUAUAGAAGUUCAGUUA